UUCAGACUUAUUUCUAAACACCUGGAGAAAAGAUGUAAACGUAAUCUCUCAUUUUCCAGUUCCACUAGUUCCAGUCCCGUGCAUACAUAGUGUCUCUUAGAUCUCCCGAAAUAAAUGCACCCUGUAUCCUGGUAUAUGUAAACAUUAUACCUGACUGUAAAUACUCAGGCAGUUGCUUUGAAGGCCUUGCACGGGCCCCACGCCCAGCUUAGCUCAUCCUAUCCUCAUACACUACAUAGUACAAGUACCCAGUUAAUACCCAGAGUAUUAGAGUUUGGAGUGUUUCACAGUGAAUUCGUGAAUUAUGGAGUUUGUGAUAAAAUGAAGAGGUGAAUAGUAAAGUAUAUAUAUAUAUAUGUAGUAUAUCCAGGGUUAGAUUAACACAGAACGGAUUAAUCAACCAGGACAAGGGUUGGAACGGAAAAGGGAGAAACCAAACCGGAAGUUUAUAAUUGUUUCCUAAACCUGCUGUCUCCUAGUACAGGAGUGUACACAGUUUACGUCCUGACAUAGAGUAAGGUUUAAGUUUCCUUCUCCUCACAUCUUCUCCAGGGCAGGGUUUAAUUUCACUCCUGGAGAACACACUCCGGAGAUAUUUGAAACCUGAGGAAACAAUGAACCUUAGACCUGGAACAGUAAAUCCAAACUUGGAUUGAUAAUCAGCUGAUCCCUCCACACGGAUCCACAAUGUCUGAUCCGUAUAGAGGGUAUACUGGAUACAGCUCCGGGGGGUAUGGAGGAUACGGAGCCCCAUAUAACAAUACACCCAGCUGGGGAUAUAUAAUCUUCUAUCUGGUGGUUCUCCUGGUUGGAUUGGUCGGGAAUGGAAUCUUCUGUCUCAUCAUCAAGAAGAAUGUUCAGCUAAGAAAAUCUAUCCAUCUAUUCCUUCUAACCCUGAGUAUAGCGGAUAUGUUGGUUUGUAUUCUCGUUCUUCCCUUCAUCAUUGAUGCUCAGGCAAAAAGGUCUGGGCGGCAAUUGUGGCAAGGGUUGCCCGAAAUAUUGUGCAAAAUGUACAUUUCCAUGGAUUACGGAUUGAAAGGUGUACAAGUGUACACUCUGCUCGUUGCCGCGUGUUUUCUCUACUUUUGGUACAGGAAGAAUGAGUCCUACGCUACUCAGACCGGAGAAAUUGUAACUCGUAAGACCCGGAUGCAUAAAUGGGGGAUCCCACUAGCAUGUGUAGUAGGAAUCGGAGUAUCCCUUCCUGCUGGAACAGUCGCAACUGUCAACUACGGCGAGUGCGCGGCCUGGCACGUGGACGGGGCCCAGAUGUCUGGGACCAAUUUCAACAUGAACCUUAGCUUUCUUAUCGCUAACUUCCUUGUCCCAGCCUGUCUUUUUGUCUUUCCCUUCCUCGCUCUAUUUAUGCAGAUUUGUGGAGCCAGAACCCCAAGAUUAGAUCCUCCGCACAAUAGAAUAGCUCUGACUAUUGUACUGUAUAUUAUCGUAUUUGUGGGGUGCAGAGCUCCUCAUGAUAUUUACGAGCUAAUGCAGAUGCUGGGCAAGCAGUACGGAAACAAGGGAAACCAGUUCCGCGGGAUGAAUCAAAACAUGAGGAUCCCUGAGACCCAACUCAUCCUGGAGUGUUUAGUUUAUCUCCCCUGUCUUCUCCAUCCUAUCAUUCUGAUCAUCUGUAACCCGGACUACAGGCAGGGACUGAAGAAUGUCUGCUCUAAGUUGUACUGUAACCAGUCCUCAGCCCCUACUGGAGAAGAAACUAGACGAGGAUCUCAGAUUAGAUUCCCACAACAAAACAAACCAAUCAUUAAGCAACAACAACAACUGUAUCAACCACAACAGUAUCAACAGCAACCUCCGCGAAUGGGAAACCGUAGGCGUGGCGAACACUCCCUUAUUGCAGAAGUCCAGCCGAUGAUUAUGCCUGCACAGAAACCGAUUCUGAACCAGAUGGGGAAAAAGAUUCAGUAUCCAGGUCACUACGGAGCUCAGCCCGGUUCAAUGUAUAUUCCGAUGGAAACCCUGUCUCCAAGAGAUCCAAUGCUUCACAACAAUAGUUACGAAGGAGAGCAUUCUCCCCAACCCUGUCUCCCUGCAGAGUUUGAGUACGGUAGGUUCAAGUAUGUUGAUACUGCCCGGGUUGAACCAAAGAUAGCGUAUACUCCGACCAAUACUCCUCCGAAGACUCCUCAGAUGCCUCAUUUUGACAAGCUGCCGUUCAAGCAACCCAACUAUAUUGAUGGAACCUGGAUAUUACCAGAGGAUAUGGAAUCUUACAGAGGUUUAAUACCUCCGUCACAGAUCCCUAUUGGAGGAUUUCCAUAUACAGAUCCUUCACUCCCUUCCUCUCCUCUUCCAGUAGAGAUUGAUGAUCCAGAGGAUCCUAUGGAGAUCGAAAGCCUGGAUCACUCCCCCGGUAGUACCCUGAGAACUGCCCGACGCGGAGUUCCUGAAGUGACCAGUCUAGCAGAUAGUCCCGGAGCUAGACGUCGAGCUAGCAGCAGAUUAGAGGAUGCUCCGGCUAGAAGUACUCCGACCAGACUAGAGCAAGCUCCCCCUCGUCUUAACGGACACAGAGAGGACAGAGGACAAGUUGAGGAUCCGUACGAACGUCCGUCCUCCAGAAACACAGUAGAGAUAACCUUGUCCGGAUCAGGAAGGAGUAGAUCAAGACAGGAUCUGUGUCCAGACCGUCCUAGAUCAAAGUUUGAGCACGCUGUAUGACGGGAAGAUUGCUCAGAGGAAACCAAGGAAGGAUUGAUCCCCAUUACCUCACUUAAACGCUCCGGUAGUACAGAUAAACUGACAGAACGAAUAAUGAUUCUCGGGGAUGAGCACACGGAGUAUAUGAAUAAACUAAUGAAAACUCGAAGUUUGCACUCUGAUAAGUACAAAAGUAGAACUCGACCAUCAACCCCUGUCCGUAUGGAGGACACAGACCGGAGAUGGUUGUCCUCGGACUCCUUAUCCGACUUUAAGCUAGAGGAUAAAUGGUGGCUUUCAGGGUCAUGCAAAUCCUUCCUUGAAACAAAACAAACUUCCUUUGGGCAUAAAAAACUUUUUCUCAUUGAGAAAAAACCUUCUCCAUGUUCGAACCCUGAACUCUCGUCUCUAAAGCAAGUGAAGAAUGGACUAAAGAAACUGGAGUUAAGUGAACCUCUUCUUUUUUAAAACCUCUAAAAUAUUGACAAUGGUUAAACAUCCUUUCUGAAAAAAAUAUGUGCACUUUU